GACUGGGACAGUUGGUCUAAUGUAAAGUAUAAUGAUAAGUACCUCUGUAAGAGUCCAUGCACAGAAGACAAACACGUCAUCAUCAAAGCAGCAUUUAGAAAGUAUAUUCAUAAGGGUCGAAUACAGUUGUUUAACAUUGCAGAAGGUUUAUUUGUGACCUUCACUAAUCUCCAAAAAUCAGACUCUGGUAUAUAUUAUUGUGGAGCUGAGGAGAUUGGCCUUGAUUCAUUCAUAGAGGUGAAUCUUAAAGUUACAGAUGCCGAGUCUUCUGGUCCCAAGACAACGGCAAAAACAAUCAUCAUUCACUCAACGCAGUCAUUUGCUGUUACAAACAGCUUGACUAUGUCUUCAGACGGCUCAGAUGUUAUUACUGAUACGCCUGUGCCGUACACCAUCCAUUCUACUAUGACUACUACAUCAGCAACACAAGGAGCUGGAAGUGUGCCGUAUUUGAUUACUGGUGUUAUUGUUAUACCGACCUCACUGAUGGUCCUACUGAUGCUCAUGAGGAAAAUGAGGAGGAAACAUCUGAGAGCAGAAGAAGACAUACAAGAGAACCCUGCAGAUCCCGAUGGAGUCUACCAAUCGCUCCACCCAUUGACAAUGGAUGAAGAACAAGUCUACAGCACUCUCGAAACCACCAGGAGGGUACAUCACUCCACACAGCUUUGUUAUAACUUUAAAUGA